AUGGGGUAUAAGAAAAAUAGCCGCAAUUCAUGGGAUGCACCUAUUGUUUCAGCACCAACAGAAGACCUGAAAUAUAUUCAGGCAUUAACGGUUAACGUCUCCAACUUUGUUUCAGUGAAGCUUUCCGGAAUCAGCAACUAUAAGAUGUGGAAGGCUCAGAUGCUUUGGCUCAUAGAGAGUCAGGAUUUGCUUUACAUCAUUGAGGACACACCUGGGGGUGGUUACAACAUGACCGAAAAAUAUACACACCUUGUCAAAGCUUGGAUUUUAGGUACUAUGAAUGACCAACUGCAACAUGAUCUAGAAUACAUGUCAAUGGAUACAUUGCCGGUAUCCUUUGUAUGGAGCAAACUAGAAUCAACCUUUACAAAUCAACCUGUAACACUCCAUCGUGACAGAGAAAAUCCACUGGGAUUUAAGUUCGGAACAGAAUUGAUAAAAGACAUUCCAGAAAUAGAAGACGCUGACAGCAUCCGACUAAAGAAAGAGUUAUACGAAGCUGCCUUUGAAGGGUGUUGGUGGAAAGCAAAAUCCAUACUGAAAAUCCAUAGAAAUUCAGCCACAAAGGCAAUCAAUGGAAAUGGGGACACGAUCGUUCACUUAGCAGUUGAAAUGGGCCACAACUAUUUCCAUGAAAAACUACUGGAGUUUUUAGAAGACGGAACAGAUAUUGAAACGCAAAAUUAUAAGGGUCGAACAGCCCUACACAUUGCUGUGAUGGUUGAUAAUAUACACGCAGCCCAACUCUUGGUUCAGAAGAGGAAAGAACUGACAGUGAUUCUAGACUGCAGUGAAAAGUCACCAUUGGAUAUUGCUUAUGCCAAGAAGAAGCUCAAUAUUCCCAAUAGCCACACUUUAUCCGAUAUAUCAGUUGAUUUGUCUCCUCCUUCUGAUGCUCCGUUUAACCUUCUCAGUGAUGUAUUUCCUUCUUUGGAAGUUGUUAGCAGUUACCGUGCGUCCAGUAAAGAAUAUAGAGAGAAGAAGAAAAAAGAGUAUAAAGAAGCAAAGAAGAUUUUGAACUUGGUCUGUAACCAGAUGGGCACAUCAAAUGAUGGUUACAGUAACUCACUUUUUGAAGCUGUACGCCAAGAUAUGUAUGAGAUUGUUGAUGAAAUUUUAUUUAUAUCACCUACUACAAUCAACUGUAAGGAUGAAGACGGGUAUAACGUUAUUCAGUCAGCAUCAGAAAAAGUAUACAAUCUUAUUUAUCAUAUUAUUGAGCGAAAAGAGUCUUAUAGAGAAAUAAAUGAUUCUUCUGAGAAUACUCUUGUACACUUGGCUGGAAGAUUGGCACCUUCGUUCGUACUCGAACGUACUGCUGGUGCAGCCCUGCAACUACAACGCGAGCUUUUAUGGCGUGAGGAAGUGGAGAAGCUCAUGUUGCCUUUACAACUUAGGGAAAAGAAUAUGUACAAAGAGACACCCGCAAUGGUAUUCACAAGGGAACACCAGGAUUUGACGAAGGAAGGAGAUAACUGGAUGAAAACAACUGCAGAAUCAUGCAGCAUCACCGCAGCAUUAAUUGUCACAGUCGUAUAUGCAGCAGCAAUCACUGUACCUGGUGGAAACAAUCAAGAAUCCGGCCUACCCAUGUACAAAAAUGACAUCGCCUUCACUGUCUUUGCUCUAUCCAAUGCAUUCUCAAUGUUUACAGCCGCUACCUCAUUAUUAUUGUUCUUGUCGAUCCUCACCGCACGUUUUUCCGAAAAGGAUUUUCUGGUAAGUUUACCAAGAAGAUUGAUUUUUGGCCUUUUGACAUUAUUCCUCUCUACAACUGCCAUGAUGGUAGCCUUUGGUGCUAUCUUAUUCAUUGUCUUUUGUGAUCAAAAACCAUGGAUGCUCGCACCGAUAUGUGCAUUUGCUUGCUUGCCAAUUUCAGUUAUUGUUACUAUAAAACUCCCUCUGUUAGUAGACUUGAUCCAAUCAACAUAUUCCCCCAUCUUUGGUAAGCAUAGUUACCUUGAGUCUUGUAAAGUUAGUCGGAAAACACAAUAUUUAUGGAUUCAGAGGGAAUUUGAGUAUGCAUUGCACGAGCAGUUGUGUUGCAAUUCAUAAUUCAAUAGUGGUUGGAUA